AUGGGAGCCGGUGGCAAGAAGGCGAAAGCCAAAGACAAGAGCAGCAAGGCUGCUACCAAACAGAAGAAUAAGAAGACCAAGAGCCCAGAAGCUACAGAUGAUCAGACGACAACGGAAACCCCUACGCCUGGCAGCCCAGUCUUAGUCGUGCAAGAUCAAGAACCUGUCGGCCAAGUACCGCAACCAGUACUUGAGCCAGCUUUACAGCUUGAACAGGCGGAGCAACCUGAGCAACUUGAACCACCCCAGCAACCUGAACACCUUGAGAGACCUUCAGUAUUGGAUUAUUUAGAAGAGCCCUCUCCGGCAGAAACGCCACUCCCCCCUUCACCACCACCACAGGAAGAAGCAGUUGGCCAUGCGGAACUUGAGCACAUUGCCACACAGCCACUUGAAAUUGACACAGAUAAACAAGACGCCGUGAAAGACGAGUCAUAUGAAACUGAAACAACCCUGCCCAACAACGAAGAAUCUCACGAGGCUGUCAUUGAGGCCUCUAUCGCUGAGGACCCUUUUGUCGAGACCUCUGUUGUCGAGACCCCUGUUACCGAGGCCCCUGGUAUUCAGGCCCCUGUUAUUGAGGUCCCUGUUAUUGAGGCCGAUGAGGGGUCUCUACCCAAAGAAGAGGGCAUUCCUGUAAUCGACGCCCCUCUUAUCGAGGCUCCCGUCAUAGAAGCCGCAGAGGAGUCUCUACCCAAGGAAGAGAGAAUUCCUUCCGAGCCCGAGGAGCCACAGGAGCCCGAGGAGAGAACACCAAUUACAUCGACUCCAUCUCCAUCUGCUGCUUCAUUUGUUCCAUUCUCGCCCGUGCCAACCCAGAUACCCUUGCCAUCGCCUUCUCUGACCGAAGCACGGUAUAUGUCAAGUGCUUCGCCGGAUAACAGCUAUUAUUACUCUGGAUAUUCUGCAUCACCGGCGCUUGUUCCUUACGCUUCACAAUACGCAUCUGCAUCCCCCUACGCCUCACCAUACGCUUCUCCCUACGGUUCACCUUACGCCUCACCUUACGCCUCACCAGUGCCCAAAGUCAGCAGCCCUCUUGCUCGCUCUCAUUACCCAUAUAUGCCUCCCGUCAUGUCGCCAACUGCAACUCCUCCACCACCUCUCGCCCCGGCAGCCCCAGUAGCUUCAGCAGCCCCUUCAAUGGCAUCAAGAGCACCAUCAACCACUCACAGCUACGCAACGGCUACUCAGAACUACGGGACGGCUGCUCAAAACUACGGAGCGGCUGCUCAAAACUACGGAGCGGCUGUUCACUCCCCAGUCAUGAGUUCGGCGAGCGUCGUUUCUCCAUACACUCAUCCAGCCUACCCUCACUACCCCUCGGAGGGCCACUCUAUGCAGCGAAGCUAUAGCAUUAACGACCCAUCACCAUACGCUGCAUCAUUCCAGGCUAUCCGCGAUCUCGGCUUGGGUGGUACCAAACCAACAGAAAAUGGUGCCCCAUCUCCUCCAGACAGUGAGGCCGAGCAUACAGAGCUUCUUCACCGAAUUCAAUCUGCCCUUCCUGACAUCAACCGCCUUCUUCAUGGCUUCAAAAACACCCAUAGCAAACUCUCGAGCCGGGAGGCGGAGAUGAAGCAGAUUGGAGACCAACACGAGCAAGCUUUGCUGCACAAGGAUUUCUAUAUUGAGGCACUGCAGGCUCAAAUGAAAAAGACAGCCACCGAAAGUGCCGAGGAGUCUGCCAAGCUGAAGAACACCAUCAACGAACUGCGCCUGGAACUGGGCAAUCUGCAAGAAAAGAAGAAGGACCUUGAAGAUGGCCUGGCUAUACACCAGAAAUCGAAUGAGGAGCUCUCGCAGUCUAAGGUUGAACUUGAGGAGGAGAUUGCCAAACUCAACACCACCAUCCAGGAGAACCAAGAUUCACAUGCGAAAGAGAUCGAGGCGCGCAAGGAGGAGCAUCAGAAUGCGCUUACGACUCAAAAGCAGGAGUUGACCGAGCUCUUUGAGGAGAUCAAAAGCGAGGAUGAGAAGGCGGCCAACGAGACUUUGGAGGCACGCGAAAAGGAACUCCUUGAUCAACACGAGACUCAAAAGGGAAAGUGGGAGGCCGAGAAGGGACAGUUGCACGAGUCGCUCGAGGCGCACCGCACUGAACUCGAAGCCACCAAUGGCGACUUGGCUUCUAAGGUCACUGAGCUUGAGUCUAAGAAGACUGAGCUCGAGUCUAAGGAGAACGAACUACAGGCCUGCCUAGGUGAACUUACAUCGGUGCGCGAUGAGGUGACAUCCAAGUUGGCUGAGUUGGAGGCAAAGGAGAACGAGUUGGAGGAGGUCCGGACCAAGAAUGCCCAAGAACUAGAGACACUCCAGCAAGGACAUGCUGAUGAACUGGGCUCUUUGCGAAGCACUCACGAAGAACAACUGGCCACUGCCGCAAAGGAAUUGGAUGACAAGAUUGCUGCCAUCCAGGCGCACCUCGAUGCUAAGGAAAAGUCCUGGUCUGAGGAGCGUGUUGAGUUGGAGAAGCUGCUCUCCGAGAAAGAAAGCGAGCUGGCGAGCUCGGAGCGAGAGAAGGAGAAGUUGGAAGAGAAUGGUCUAGUCAAGGAACAGCAACUUCAGCGUGCCGUUGAUGGAAUGCGAACCACCAUUGAUCAUCUGGGUGACGACUGCGACCGGCUGAGAAAGACACUGCACAGCCUAGGUGAAGCGACCGAUCUCAAGACCACCAAGGGCGAUGAGUUCUUUCAAGACUGUUUUACCCAGCUAUCGCAGCUGAUCCACGAGCUAUCCAAAGAACACUUUUCUUACCUUCCCAUUGAUCCGCCCAAGGAUAUUCUCUCCAAGAUCCCGUCUGAGCUGCCAUCCUUCCUCGACAAUACCCCAGCAUCUCGCGAACUUCGUUGUGCCUAUGUCGAGCAUGUGGUAUCCAAGACCAUCACCUACCGCGUCUUCCAACCGUUCCUUUUCACCCUGGGUCGCCGAUACGAUAAGGCAGACACUUUCUUCCAAAUGUUAUCUAUGGACAUCCGUCGGAAGUCCGUCCGCCGCGAAGCCUUCUGGCGUCAGCAGACUCUCAAAGCAGCCUACACCACCUCCGAUGCUAAGCAAUCAAUCAACGUGGCGGCGGCCGUGAUCGUGGACGAAAUCAUCGACCACAUCAAGCACUUCGCUGACCCCAAGCAUCUGGAUACACUCCUGACAGGCGUUCGCAAGAUCGUGAAGCUGGCUGCUGAGACCUGGCGCCACGCUCGCGUCGAACGGGAGCUCGUUCUCGCCUCAUUUCCCGCUCCGGAUGCUGAGAGUGUCUCUAACGAUGGAUGGGACGAGUACGGUGUCCCGAACGUAUCCAGCUCGGGACCAAAGGGAGAUCCUGCCCGUCACGUUGUCCUCCGCACAUUCCCGAGUGUAAUGCGUGAGGCUGCUCAUGAGGACUUUGCUAGUGGUGAACGAGCUAGUCCUUGCAUCUACUCCCACGGUGCCCUGCUUUACUCGGACUCUCCGAUCGUCUUGGCGCGUCUGCAAGAAUUGGCGAAGAAGUCGACUGACACCUUGGUUGCUGAUGAGCAAGUGCCGCUUCCUAAGACUCCCAAGGGUUCUCGAGAGAAUCUGGCGGCUAGGAUGGCUACUCUGACGGUUCAGUCGGCGCCGACUAGUCCGACUCUCAAGGGACAAUUUUUGAAGACUUAG